AUGAGUGGCACUCUCAGACCCCCUUCGCUUCAGGUGAGCGUCCCAAACGAUGCUCCGUCAUAUGCGGAUGGAGGGCGCAACGCAGUGUCAGAUGGCUCCGUGCGAUCCAGCUCCUCGACCCCGACGCUGAGGCGCAAGCGCUUCAAGAUGCGCCGCAUGAGGAACGUGCCCAGCGAGAGGGACCUGGAAACGGGAAGGCUAACCGUCGGUCACCUCAAGGCCCGUUCCGGCUCCAAGGAGUACCUCCAGCUGCCUUCCAUUGAAAUCACGCCGUCCAGCGACGAAGACGCUCCCUCUUCUUGGUCGAGGUGCUCCACGCCCAGUGCCUCACCACGACGCAAGCGUUUCCUGCUGAGGAAGUGGCUGAAGGUCCGACAGAAGAAGGAGCAAGGCAGUGAGAGCAGCAGCCAGCAGAGCAGUCAGCAAAGCAGCCAGCAGAGCAGCCAUGAAGAUGACAGCACUCGCUUCUUGACUCCAUUAAUCCGAGAGGAGAGGUCUGACAGUGCAGCGGACAAAAUCAGCACUGCCAGUAACUCAAACAAGAGCACACCCGCCUGCUCACCAGUCCUGCGUAAACGCUCGCGCUCUCCCACACCACAGAGCCAGGAGGGUGAGAACAUGGUGGAGAAGGGUUCAGACCACUCCUCUGACAAAUCCCCAUCCACGCCCGAGCAGGUCGUCCAGAGAACAUACUCCCUGCAGUCAGCAAGAAGCGGGGGAAAGAACUCAAAGUCUCACAAGCGACUUUCCAAAUAUGACAGACUAAACCUGAUUAAAAAGAGCCAAAGCUGGUACAACCAUGAAAGACAACACAUCCUGAGAGUGCUGAGCCCGACAUACAAGCAGCGCAAUGAGGACUUUAGGAAACUCUUCAAGCAGCUCCCUGACACAGAGAGACUCAUUGUUGACUACUCCUGUGCUCUCCAACGGGACAUCCUCCUGCAGGGACGACUCUACCUCUCCGAGAACUGGAUCUGUUUCUAUAGCAACAUCUUCCGCUGGGAAACGCUGCUGACAGUGCGGCUAAAGGACAUCUGCUCAAUGACGAAAGAGAAGACCGCCCGCCUCAUCCCCAAUGCCAUCCAGGUGUGCACAGACACUGAGAAGCACUUUUUCAGCUCAUUUGGAGCCAGGGACAGGACUUACAUGAUGAUGUUCAGACUCUGGCAGAAUGCGCUACUAGACAAGCCCCUGUGCCCCAAAGAACUGUGGCACUUUGUUCAUCAGUGCUAUGGCAACGAGCUAGGCCUAACCAGCGAUGACGAGGACUAUGUUCCCCCUGAUGAUGACUUCAACACCAUGGGGUUCAGUGAAGAGAUUCCAAACGAAGAGAAUGAGAUUAACAAUGACAACUUGUCAAAGAGCAGCGCUGACGCCAAGCCUGAGGGGAGUCCUCCUCCACUACAUAAGAAGAUCGUUCCAAACAGCACCAUACCCAGCCCGGGCAACCAUGAUCCACCCAUCACAUUUGACCUCCCAGCAGAAGAGUAUGCAGACUGCCUACCAGACGGCGAGCUGCUUGCGCUGCCCCUUUUGUUGGAGGAGAGGAACAUUGAUACCAGCGGGCCUGGUGGUCCUGUCCCCUCACCGUCUCUGGACUUCAACGACAACGAAGACAUCCCGACUGAGCUCAGCGACUCCUCGGAAACACACGACGAGGGUGAAGUGCAGGCCUUUCAUGAGGAUCUAAAUGGCAGGCAGCACAUCAAUGAAAUCUACAAGUUCAGUGUGGACAAGCUCUAUGGGAUCCUCUUCACAGAGUCGCAGUUCAUGAGUGACUUCAUGGAACAGAGGCGGUUCUCAGAUGUGGUGUACCACCCGUGGAAGAAAGAGGAGGCUGGGAACCAGACUAGAGACAUCAUGUACACCAUCUCGCUGUCCAACCCCCUGGCCCCCAAAACAGCCACAGUCACAGAGACACAGACUCUGUACAAAGCCAGCCAGGAGAGUGAGUGUUACAUCAUCGAUGCUGAGGUCAACACACAUGACGUGCCCUACCACGACUACUUCUACACCCUCAACCGCUACAUGCUCACCAGGGUGGCCAAGAACAAGUGUCGGUUACGGGUAUCAACAGAGCUGCGCUACAGGAAGCAGCCGUGGGGGCUGGUGAAAGGCUUCAUAGAGAAAAACUUCUGGAGCGGACUAGAAGAGAACUUCCGCCAUCUUGAGUUGGAGCUGUCCAAGCUGGAGGACUUACUGACUGAGUCCCACCAACUGUCUCCCAAGGCCAAGGUGGUGAAAAACUCAGUGAGGCGGAAGAAGAGGCCACUCCCACACUUGCGCAGCCAGCUUCUGGACGAGGCGCUCAGCCCCGUUACCACGCCGGAGGAUGAGGAAGUGAUUCAGAGGAUCAAACAAGUGGCAGGCUCCACGCAAACCAGACACCAGAGUCAAGAACACCAUCACCUGCCGGGAGGCCUUGCUCUGUACAGCGUCUCCAAAUUGCUGCUCAUCAUCAGCUUUGUGAUCUGUCUAAGCCUGGUCCUGCUGGUGUUCCUCAACAUGAUGCUCUUCUACAAGCUGUGGAUGCUGGAGUACUCCGCACAGUCCUUAACAACCUGGCAAGGUCUGCGGCUUCAUGAAAGUAAACUGCCUCAGACACAGAUGGAGUGGGCCCAGCUCCUGGAGGCGCAGCAGCGUUUCCAUGACGCCGAGCUGCAGAAGUGGAGGGAGAUUAUCAAGUCGUCAGUUGUGCUGCUAGACCAGAUGAAAGACUCGUUAUUGAACCUCCAGCGAGGCAUUGGUUUAAGGGACUACAGCUCCGAGGCUGAGGAGAAGAGAAGUCGCUAUCACUGACACACCACCAACAAGGCCAUGAGGGCAUGCUGUGCAAUAUACUGUAGAACCUGUUUUGUUUGUGAACCAGUAUGAGGGCAGCGGCAACACAGAGGGGGAGGACAGAGGGGGGAGGCGAGACCAACAGUGAGCUGGUCUAAGAAACACAGAGGGAGCAGCACUCGUCUCCAGCGCACAGAGGUUUAAACCCCCGGGAGGAGAAAAAUCACAGACAGAAAGUGCCCCUCUCACACACAGGACUGAGGUGUCCCCAACAUCACUGAGGCAUUGUGGGAAGGUGCUCCUUCUCUACACCUGUGGGGCAAACACAGGUUUUCUUCUACUCUCUUUUCUCCAAGUGCAUCCUACUGUAAGCCAUGUCGACCAGAGAGUCGCAGAGAGAGGGAAGGAAAACUACUGCAUGCAUUUAGACUACCUAGCUCCCCUCAGUCAGUGUUAAUGUGGUCCAGUUUCCAGUCUAUGUGUGUCAAAAAAAAAAGAAGAACAAAGGACGAGGCGAGACUGAGUCGAAGGAAGGGGGGUUCUUUCGGGUCUUAAUGGCUGUCUACACUCUCUAGACUGUUCCAAAACCAAUCGUCCCUCUAGAGGUCGGCGCUGCAGCAUCCCUUUAGUGAAACCUCCAAGUGAUCAAAGUACAGAAUCGUGUCCUAAACCAAAAAGGAAAAAGACGUGUUGCAGCUGGGAGCUCAGCUUCAACGAUAAGUCUCUAUUUGCCUUGUUUGAACAUGGCCUGUGUGGUCUCCGUCAGGGCUGGUUCCCUGUCAGACUGUUGUGUUGAAAUAUUUAUAAGUAGAAUCUAAAGACAGAUGAGACCGAAGCCAGUGCUUUUAACCUCAUACACAAUCCACUCAAUCAGUUGCCCCUGCUACAUUGUUAGCUUCCUUACAUUGCAUUAUUCCUCAUCCUUCUAAUGAAGCAGAAUGUAUUAGCCUGGACUAAAAAGGCCAGACUUUGAUCACAACUUAUUAAUUAUUUUGAAAAGGAGGGGUGCUGCAGCCAGACCAAUAGGGAGAUCUGUGUUCUUACUUGUUUUAUUACUAAACUGUGACUAUAUCUCUUUAAAAAAUGUUUCAAAUUAGAAAGAAUUCUAUGAAUAUAUUUGAAAUAUAUAAGAAUAUUUCAUUAUUUAAUAUAUAUAUAUUUCAAAAUAUAUAAACCUUACCUAUAUUUAUUGUUAAUUUAUGUAAAUAAAGAAAUUAUCAGAGCU